UACAAGAGUUUACUCUUUUCUGACGACACUACCAGAGAGCAAACAUGGCAGAAGAAGCACCAGCAGCAGCCGCCGCCGGACCGUCCAAGGCUCAGGCCAAGCCCGCGAAGAAGAGGACAACGGCUUCCAAAGCGAAGAAGACUUCUCCCAACAUCGCCGAAGCGGUACUGGAGGCGGUUAAAGGCAAUAAGGACCGCAAAGGGACAUCAAUGGCAGUCAUCAAGAAAAUCAUCGCAGGGAUGGGUAUCGAUAUGGAGAAGAGCAACAAGCGCGUCAACAGCGCAGUGUGCCGACUGGUGGUCAAUGGCGAUUUGAUUCAAGUCAAGGGCGCCGGCGCUUCCGGCUCCUUCAAGGUGCCAAAGCAGGCCGAUACCAAGACGAAAGUGGUCAAGAAGGUCUCCAAGAAAUCUCCCGCUAAGAAACCUACCGCGAAGAAACCAGCGGCCGCUAAGAAAGUUGCAAAGCCUAAGAAAGCCACCACCCCCAAGAAGAAGGCACCUGCCAAGAGCCCCAAGAAGGCAAAGAAACCUGCGGCUAAGAAAUCUCCUGCCAAGAAAACCGCUCCUAAGAAAACUGCGAGAAAGCCACCAACCAAUAGAGCGUCACCCAAAAAGGCCACGUCCAAGAGGGCCAAGAAGUAAAUGUACCGACUCUAAACCGCGUAUCACUUCAACCAAAGGCUCUUUUAAGAGCCACCACAACUUCCACUCAAGAGCAAUUCCCACAUGUGACAUUAUAUAAUAUACUUUAUAAUUUGCAAGUCCACUCUAUUUAGUUGCACAUGCAGUUCAACCAUUACAACCACUUAAGACAUUGGUUCUCAAAUGGGGAUGCAUGCACUCCUGAGGGUACUUGAAGGCAUGCCAAGGGGAACUUGAGAUUUUACAACAAAUAUUGUAAGAAUAGCAGCAAUUCAUUAAUCCUUUAUAAAUAUAUUUAUUGUACAAUACUACAAGAAAAUAUGAAGGUAAGUUCAUAAACUGUGAAAAAAACAUACAACAAUGCAAUAUUCAGUGUUGACAGCUAGAUUUUUUGUGGACAUGUUCCAUAAAUACUGAUGUUAAAGAUUUAUUUAUUAGUGAAGAAAUGUUUAGAAUUAAGUUCAUGAAUCCAGAUGGAUCUCUAUUACAAUUUUUAAGUUGAUAAUUACUUCUAUGUGUACAAAUCUGUAUAUAUAAUUGAAUCAGUUGUUUAUUUUUCAUAAAUUAUUUUUAUAUCUUUUUUUCCAAAUAGUUAAAGAAAGACAACUACAAAUGAGCAAUAUUUUGCACUGUCAUACAAUUUAAUAAAUCAGAAACUGAUGACAA